UUUUAUUUUCUUUCUUCCCUUGGAGCGAUGAUGGGUGUAGUGAAGCGUUUAGUGCAGUUAUGCUUGAUCGUUCAUUCAGUAACUGCAUUCAGUCUUUCAUGGUUUCAGUUUAAGAUACCUGUACAAGUUGGAGGAACAGCCUUUGUGAGCUGGUCAGAUUAUGAUUACUCUCUGCCUGUGACUAUAAAGCUUGCUGUUCAAAAUCCGGAUGGUAGUCUAUCCGGAUUGUAUACCUGGGACAAUUUGCCUACAAACGUACUGCCUACAGCCAUGCUAAACAUACCAGAAUCAGCCACGCCUGGUAUCAAUUACUAUUUUGUUGGUUAUCAAAAUCCUUCUCAAUAUGCCACUUUGGGCCCCUUCAUUCUAUAUAGUCAAAGCAUGAUUGAACCAACUACAUCAUACAUUGUCAGUGGAGCCACUGCUUCUAUACGUCCUACGUCCUCCGCUUCUGGAAACACUCGAUCCUCAGGCACCCCAAAAUCCACCGGUACUCCACGAGAGACAUUCUUUCCAGAACCUUCAGGUUCUUCAUUGUCAACUGGAGCUAUAGCUGGUAUUGCUGUUGGCGGAGCUGUUGUCGUGAUUGGAGCCAUAGCUGCUCUUAUUCUCCUUUUACGAAGAAAGAAGAAGAACAAGAAAAGUGCUGAUAGCCAAGAUAACAAUAACAAUAACAAUAAUAAUCAACAACAAUACAUGUCUAUGCCUGUUCCACAAAAGGACGAAUUUUCAGGUCCUGAUUCGACAGCCAUUCAAAUGAGUCAGCAGCCUUUCAUGACCGGGCCUGAAGGACAAUACACACCUUCGUUCUUACCACCUUAUUCUGGCCCUCAACAACAAAUGCAACAAACACAUUCGUAUUAUUCACAACAACAUUCAUCUAAUAUUGAAUCUGCACACGAUUACACAACCAACACGGAAGCAUCUCUCUCUCCACAAAUGACAACCAGCACUGCACCUUAUAACGCAGAUCCUUUAAUGCAUGGCAAGACAAUGUUACCAAGUGAAACUUCAUCUGGAGGACUCACCGUGAAUGAUCCUACCUUGUUACUCCUCUCCUCCAUGUCCGCACCCAAUUACCAAAAACCCGAAACGACGUAUCAGAAGCCUGACGAAGUUCAUCCUAACAACAAACCACAUGAGACCUAA